AUGAACGGACCCACCGAAGAGCUCCAUGACCAAGAAGUCCUCGCCACCGCCACCGGCUCCGACGACCUCGGCCACCUCGCGGUCGGCAACGUGCCGCAGCGGCCUUCGACAUCGGCUACGUCGCCCGCCACGCGCCGCCGCCGACGCUUAGGCAUGAUGAUCGUGCCCGGGCGCGGCGAUCUCUAUGACGAGAUGCGUGCGAAGAAACGGCAGCAGCGCGACGAUGAGAACAUCUCGCUGGCCAUCGGCGAACCCACCGCCAGCGUACAUCCUCGGAAGCGCAAGGCUACGCCCGGCGCCAAGUUAACGGCGGCAGAACAGGUCGUGGCGCGUACGCGGGAGCAGUGGACUUCUGCGACUGCGUCGUGCACUUCUGCUGUGGCGUACGAGGAACCUCCGAUGGUCGUGGUCACGGAUGUGAACCGCGGCCGGGAGAAUGGUACGCUGGCGGGCUCGCGUGCGGCUAAUGUGCAACAUGACGAGGACGUGCCCAUGCGCUCGAGUGACGGGCAUGGACACGCGAAGAAGAGUAGUGGCGCGAGCGCUUCGACUGUGCGGUUGAGACCGGUUAAGCCGUAUAAGAUCGCGCGGCCGGAGACUGCCGAUCAGUGGCGUAUCGAGGCCAUGCAGAUGGUCCAGUCUGCACACAACUACAGUGAGCAUAACGGUUACGUCUGCCGCCGUGUCAACUGCGAAGCGCUACUGGAAACGGUCGAGGCGCUAGCGGAGCAUCUCCGCCAACACGACUCUACAUACACAGGCGGACCGGCCGUUAAGCAAUGCGGGCGGUGCGGUGGCAUGUUCGAGACUGACAACGAGAUACGGAUGCACAAGUGUCGCUUGGGCGGCCGCUCGUCGUCUCCGUCCAAGCGCUCAUUGUUGACAAUGACACUGCCACAACCUGUCAAAAUGCAAAUCAGGAAGGUCAAGAACGUCGCGCAGAAGUGCGUUGCGGCGACUCGUAAACUCGCGCCGAUCUCACGCCGGUACGAGCCCUAUUAG